AUGGGAAUAGCAUGCUGUAAAAAUUAGGACGUUGCAAGGUUCAAUAUUUAACCUAUUAUUCCGUUGAUUCCAACUGAAGAAGCUUCUUUAGAUGAAACGAAAAUUGUGAAAAUAUAAACCAGUAUCAGACGUAAUGGAUGAUUUAAUUUCAAGGUUACCUUUCAAAAACCAAAUAAAAAUAAAAAUCAGAGGUUUCAGCCACACCUGUCAUAUAACUCUAAUCGCCUGCAAAUGAAUAAAUAGUUUAGAUUAUCGAAAUAAUCCCAAAAGAUGCGUAAAAAGUAGAGUGGCCCUAAAUUUUGCUUUAAGCUGUGCAAAACAAAUUAAAAGAGUUAGCACCUCUCAAAUAAUUGACAUACUCAUGCUAUCUAUUAGAUGAUGGAUGCUAUUAUCAAGGAGAUUUUGUGAAUUAAUAAAAAGAAGGGUUUGGAAGAUAAAUUGAUUAGGAUGGUUCCUUAUAUGAAGGAACAUUUAAGCAAAAUGUAAAACAAGGGAAGGGAAGAUAGAUUAGUUGUGAUGGAAGUGUGUAAUUGAAAUAAAAUUAUGUAGAUAUGAAGGAAAUUUUGAUGAUAAUGAAUAUGAUGGUUAUGGUGAAUUUUAAGAUUCGUAUGGAUUUGUCUAUAAAGGAGAAUGGAAGUAAUCAUUGUUCCAUGGAGAAGGUCACGAGAUCAAUGAGUAAUUCUAAUACAAAGGAGCUUAUAAACAGGGAUACAGGACUGGAUAUGGAGAGAUCAUAUAUGUAGAUGGAAAUAAGUAUAUGGGAGAAUUUCAGAAAAACAAGUUUGAAGGUUUUGGUAUUUUUAUAUAUGCGGAUGGAAGGAAAGUAAUCAAUGUAAUUUAAUAUUUUAGUAUGAAGGCGGUUGGAUGAAUAACUAGAUGCAUGGCAAAGGGACCUUUUCUUGGCCUAAUGGACGAAAGUAUACAGGGAACGUAUUUAGAUAUAUUAAAUAAUUUAGUAUCAUUUGGAUUUGAAGGAAGGUUUAGGAGAAUUCAUUUUUGAAAAUGGUAGUAGCUAUAGGGGGAUGUGGAAGCAAGGAAAAUAACAUGGACAUGGCAUUAUGAUUUCAGAGUUAGGAGAUCAAAGAGAAGGGGAGUGGGUUGAAGGAAGAAGAAUAAAAUGGAGAUGA